UUGUCCUUCCAUUGCUCCUUUUUACCCGUAAAAGUUAACAGCUAAUCAAAAUUACCUCCAUAUGAGAAUUAAGCUCUGCUGCCAUUUUCUCCAGAGCGUGAUUGACUGAAAAAGAACAUGUUGAUUUUGCUACAAUAUUGUCCAACCCUCCACUUGAUGGAGAUGAAAGCGAAGGUCACUGCUUGAUCACACGACCAUCUUUCUACGGUACUUCCAAUUGCAUCAUUUUCUAACGGCUGAAUGUUCUCACUGGCUAAUGUUUUUUUUUUUCCAACCCUUGUACAUGAUAUAGAUGGCAUGGUUUGCACCCUAGCGACAAUGACCACAGAAACGUUGUGGCUUUUUUGUUUUUUGGUAAGUGAGGUUAUACUGGCAUUUGAAUCUGACGUUAGCGCUUUAUCAUGUGACUCUUGACACUAUGAUUUUUUUCUUGUCAACAGGCCCAACACAAAAAAUUUGUGGCUGAGUUCCAAUAGAAGGGUCUGAGCUUUGAAACACUCAAGUAAAAACAAUAUCCAUGUCCAAUUUGUCCACACAGAAUUAAGCGUGAGGUUUUGAAACUUGUCUACAGCGACGUUUAAGUAAUUGCUGAAGGGCUAAGGAAUUGAAGAAAGUCAGCUAAAAUUAGUGCAUGUCAAUAAUCUAGUAAGAACUGAUUGCAUUAGAGGUAGCUGUUUCAAAUAAAUAAUUUACAACUGUGAAGUUAUGUCAUUAGUGAAAUAAGAAAAUUCUGUUGCAUUUCAUUCUUAUUCCCCUCAACAAUGUUGCUUCCCCUUCUCUUAUUGCUCUCUUUGUUGCUGCUAAUUAUAAAGACGUCACAGAGAAAAAAGGGUAAACUUCCUCCUGGCCCUCCUAAGCUUCCCAUUUUGGGUAACUUGCAUCAACUUGGGGCAUUGCCACAUCGAUCCACAUGGAAACUUUCAAAGAAACACGGUCCAAUCAUGCUUCUUCAACUUGGUGCUACCCCAACCAUCAUAGUAUCCUCAGCUGAAACUGCAAGAGAGGUAUUGAAAACGCAUGAUCUUGACUGUUGCACUAGACCGCCCUUAGCUGGCCCUAAAAGACUUUCUUACAAUUUUCUAGACAUUGGUUUUGUACCCUACGGAUAUUACUGGAGGGAGAUACGCAAAAUCUGUGUUGCAGAGCUUUUCAGCGUGAAGAGGGUACAAUCCUUUCAAUCUAUUAGGGAAAAAGAGGUUAAUUUGCUAGUCAAUUCAAUAUCUGUAUCAGCUACUUUAGCAAGUCCGGUUGAUCUCAGCAAAGAGUUCUUCUCACUCGCUGCUAGCAUAACCUUUAGGAUUGCUUUCGUAAAGAAAUUUCAGGGGAGUGAACUUGAUAAUGAUAAGUUACAAAAAGUGGUUUAUGAGGCCCAGGCUAUGUUGGGAAGCUUCUGUGACUCGGAUUUUUUCCCAUCUGUGGGUUGGGUGAUUGACUGGCUUACUGGUUUUCAUAGAAGGCUUGAAAGUAGCUUUCAUGAGCUGGAUGUUUUGUUCCAGCAGGUUAUUGAUGAUCAUCUCAAUUCAAGAAGGAACGUGCAGAAUCAAGAAGACAUAGUCGAUGUGCUACUGAGAAUGGAGAGAGGUCGAACCGAAAAUAGUGCCAUUCAACUUACUAAAGAUCAUAUAAAGGCAAUCCUCAUGGAUAUAUUCCUAGCUGGAAUAGACACUGGUGCACUUACCAUGAUCUGGGCAAUGACAGAGUUAGCCAGGAAACCAAUAGUCAUGAAGAAAGCACAAUGUGAAAUUAGACGUUGCGUGGGGAAGAAAGAAAAGCUAACAGAAAAUGAUGUUAGUCAGCUUCCAUACCUCAAAAUGAUAGUUAAAGAAACUCUUAGAUUGCAUCCUCCAGCUGCACUUCUUCUUCCAAGGGAAACUGUGUCCCAAUUCAAGAUUGGAGAUUAUGAUGUCUUCCCCAAAACUAGGAUUGCAGUAAACGUUUGGGCAAUAGGACGAGAUCCUGAUAUCUGGAAGAAUCCUGAAGAAUUCUUUCCUGAGAGGUUUAUUGAUAAUCCGAUUGAUUUCCAGGGGCAACAUUUUGAGUUAUUGCCAUUUGGUGCAGGUCGAAGAAUUUGCCCUGGAAUGAAUAUGGGAAUGGCUAUGAUAGAAUUGGCACUCGCAAAUCUCCUGCAUUUUUUUGACUGGAAAUUACCGAGUGGAAUGAAGGAAAUGGACAUUGACAUGGAAGAGAUGGCAAGUAUAACAGUUGGUAAAACAUCAGCUCUUAAGCUUAUGCCAAUCAACUAUAAUAUUUCAGAAGGUGACAAGACGUAAGGCCUUGCUGAAAUACAAUUCGAAAACUUCAAGAAUUGUACAUUACAAGUGUAUAUGGGAAAUAAUUAUAUA